AUGUGGUUGCUUGUCAGUCACCUUGUGAUAGUAUCUUUUACAACUUGUUUAUCAGAGUUUACAUGGUACAGAAGAUAUGGUCACGGAGUUUCUGAGGAAGAUAAAGGAUUUGGACCAAUUUUUGAAGAGCAGCCAAUCAAUACCAUUUAUCCAGAGGAAUCACCAGAAGGAAAAGUUUCACUAAACUGUAGGGCACGAGCCAGCCCUUUCCCAGUUUACAAAUGGAGAAUGAAUAAUGGGGAUAUUGAUCUGACAAGUGAUCGGUACAGUAUGGUAGGUGGAAACCUUGUUAUCAACAACCCUGACAAACAGAAAGAUGCUGGAAUAUAUUACUGCUUAGCAUCAAAUAACUAUGGGAUGGUCAGAAGCACGGAAGCAACCCUGAGCUUUGGAUAUCUUGACCCUUUCCCACCUGAGGAGCGUCCUGAGGUCAGGGUGAAAGAAGGGAAGGGAAUGGUGCUUCUCUGUGAUCCUCCAUACCAUUUUCCAGAUGAUCUUAGCUACCGCUGGCUUCUAAAUGAAUUUCCUGUAUUUAUCACAAUGGAUAAACGAAGAUUUGUGUCUCAGACAAAUGGAAAUCUCUACAUUGCAAAUGUCGAGGCAUCAGACAAAGGCAAUUAUUCCUGCUUUGUAUCCAGUCCUUCUAUUACAAAGAGUGUGUUCAGCAAAUUUAUCCCACUCAUUCCACUACCUGAACGAACAACAAAACCAUAUCCUGCUGAUAUCGUAGUUCAGUUCAAGGACAUAUAUGCACUGAUGGGCCAAAAUGUGACGUUAGAGUGUUUCGCACUUGGCAAUCCUGUUCCUGAUAUCCGAUGGCGGAAGGUCCUAGAACCAAUGCCAAGUACUGCUGAGAUCAGCACCUCUGGGGCUGUCCUCAAGAUCUUCAAUAUUCAGCUAGAAGAUGAAGGCACAUAUGAAUGUGAGGCUGAGAACAAUAGAGGAAAGGAUAAAUACCAGGCAAGAAUUUAUGUUCAAGCAUUUCCUGAGUGGGUAGAACAUAUCAAUGACACAGAGGUGGAUAUAGGCAGUGAUCUCUAUUGGCCUUGUGUGGCCACAGGGAAGCCCAUCCCCACAAUCCGAUGGCUGAAAAAUGGAUAUGCGUAUCAUAAAGGGGAAUUGAGACUGUAUGAUGUGACUUUUGACAAUGCCGGCAUGUACCAGUGCAUAGCUGAAAACACACAUGGAGCCAUUUAUGCAAAUGCCGAGUUGAAGAUCUUGGCUUUGGCUCCAACUUUUGAAAUGAAUCCUAUGAAGAAAAAGAUCUUGGCUGCUAAAGGAGGAAGGGUCAUAAUUGAAUGCAAACCUAAAGCAGCACCUAAACCAAAAUUUUCAUGGAGUAAAGGAACAGAGUGGCUUGUCAAUAGCAGCAGAAUACUCAUUUGGGAAGAUGGCAGCUUGGAAAUAAAUAACAUCACAAGGAAUGAUGGCGGUAUCUAUACAUGCUUUGCAGAAAAUAAUAGAGGGAGGGCUAAUAACACUGGCACUCUUGUUAUUACAGAUCCCACCCGAAUUAUAUUGGCCCCAAUUAAUGCUGACAUUACUGUUGGAGAAAAUGCCACCAUGCAGUGUGCUGCUUCCUUUGAUCCCGCCCUGGAUCUCACAUUUAUUUGGUCCUUCAAUGGCUAUGUGAUCGAUUUUAACAAAGAGAACAUUCAUUACCAGCGGAAUUUUAUGCUGGAUUCCAAUGGGGAACUGCUUAUCCGAAAUGCCCAGCUGAAGCAUGCUGGUAGAUACACAUGUACCGCUCAGACAAUCGUGGACAAUUCUUCAGCUUCAGCUGACCUUGUUGUUCGAGGCCCUCCAGGCCCUCCAGGUGGUCUACGAAUAGAAGACAUUAGAGCCACUUCUGUGGCUCUUACGUGGAGCCGUGGUUCAGACAAUCAUAGUCCUAUAUCGAAAUACACUAUUCAGACCAAGACUAUUCUUUCAGAUGACUGGAAAGAUGCAAAGACGGAUCCCCCAAUCAUUGAAGGAAAUAUGGAGGCAGCAAGAGCAGUGGAUUUAAUCCCAUGGAUGGAGUAUGAAUUUCGUGUGGUAGCAACCAAUACUUUGGGUAUAGGAGAACCCAGUAUACCAUCAAACAAAAUUAAAACAGAUGGUGCUGCACCGAAUGUGGCUCCUUCAGAUGUAGGAGGUGGAGGGGGGGAGAACAGAGAGCUGACCAUAACAUGGGUGCCUUUGUCAAGAGAAUACCACUACGGCAACAAUUUUGGUUACAUAGUGGCGUUUAAGCCCUUUGAUGGGGAAGAAUGGAAAAAAGUUACAGUUACUAAUCCAGAUACUGGCCGCUAUGUCCAUAAAGAUGAGACCAUGCGCCCAUCUACUGCAUUCCAAGUUAAAGUUAAGGCCUUUAACAACAAAGGAGAUGGACCUUACAGCCUCACAGCAGUCAUUAAUUCAGCACAAGAUGCUCCCAGUGAAGCCCCAACAGAAGUAGGUGUUAAAGUCUUAUCAUCUUCUGAGAUAUCUGUUCAUUGGGAGCAUGUUGUAGAAAAAAUAGUGGAAAGCUAUCAGAUUCGGUACUGGGCUGCCCAUGACAAAGAAGCAGCUGCACACAGAGUUCAAGUCACCAGCCAAGAGUACUCAGCCAGGCUAGAGAACCUUCUGCCCGAUACCCAGUACUUUGUGGAAGUCAGGGCCUGCAAUAGUGCAGGGUGUGGGCCUCCCAGUGACAUGAUUGAGACCUUCACCAAGAAAGCACCUCCAAGCCAGCCGCCAAGGAUCAUCAGUUCCGUAAGGUCUGGUUCACGCUACAUAAUCACCUGGGAUCAUGUGGUCGCACUAUCAAAUGAAUCGACAGUGACAGGAUAUAAGGUACUCUAUAGACCUGAUGGCCAGCAUGAUGGCAAGCUGUAUUCAACUCAUAAACACUCCAUAGAAGUCCCAAUCCCCAGGGAUGGAGAGUAUGUUGUAGAGGUUCGUGCACACAGUGAUGGAGGAGAUGGAGUAGUGUCUCAAGUCAAAAUUUCAGUUUUAAACAGACAACAGAUAUCUUGGUCAAAUCAAGAAAGACUUUUAAGAGCAUUUUAG